AUGAUACUGUUCAAGUCUGUCCCGCUGGCGGUUUUUACGUUAACUUUGUUUUCUUCUAAGGACUUUUGUGCAACGGCCAGCGACAAUGUGUUCGACGAGGUUAAAUAUUACGAGAAACUCAUCACGGAUGAACUUCAAAAAGCUCUCAAUUAUGAAACGCCUACAAAUGCGAGGAUGUACGAACCGGACGACACUACGAUCAGAGACUUUGGGACGUUUGAUUUCGUCAUCAUCGGAGCUGGAUCAACUGGUUCAGUUAUUGCAAGCAGACUUUCAGAGAUUUCCAGAUGGAAAAUUUUACUGUUGGAAGCCGGACACUACCCCAACAAUUUCACGAUGAUCCCAGGGAUGUUUGCGAUUCAGGCAAUGACCAGCUAUAAUUGGGGAUUCAAAAGUACGCCACAAAAAACCGCUUGUUUGGGUGCCGUUGACAAUAGAUGCGUUAUCCCUAGAGGCAAGGGAGUAGGCGGCACAUCUUUAAUAAAUCAAAAUAUCUACAGUCGAGGAAACUCCAUCGAUUACGAUAGAUGGGCAGAGUUGGUGAACGACCAGAGUUGGAGAUACGAAAACGUGCUAAAUUAUUUCAAAAAAUCCGAGGACUUUCACCAAAACAAUCCACAGGCGCCAGUAGACUGGGACUACCACGGCAAAAAGGGAUACCUUUACACCAACUUCCACUUACCACCUUCAAACUUCACUGAAGUGUUCCUAAAAGCUAAUCGAGAACUUGGUCUAAACAUUACGGAUUACAAUGGUAAAGAACAGAUAGGAGCCACCAUCAUGCAAAUUAAUACCAAAAAAGGACGAAGGUACGAUCAAGCUUCGGCCUUCAUUACACCAGUAAGGGAAAGAAGUAAUCUCAUCAUCUCCGAAGGAAGUUAUGUGGUUAAACUAGAAACAAAACAUAAAAAAGUAAAAAGUGUUCUUUUUACGAAAAAUAAGAAAUUGUUUAGAGUCAAAAUAACCAGAGAAGUUAUUUUAUCUGCUGGUGCUAUAUCUUCACCGCAAAUUCUUAUGCUGUCUGGUAUAGGUCCCAAAAAGCACUUAAACGGUAUGGAAAUACCUAUUGUUCAAGAUUUACCCGUAGGAAAUAAUCUAAGAGAUCAUAUCUUUUGUGGAUUACAGUUUUCUUCAAAUGUGUCGUCAGUAAAUCAAACUCUUACACAGAAAAUCAAAGAAUUUUUACAUGGUUAUGGUGAUUUAACAGCUGGAAAUCCUCUAGAUGCAGCUGGAUGGUAUAGAACUGCUCUAGAAAAUACUUUCAAUUAUCCUGAUAUAGAAGUAAUACCGUCAAUUUCAGGCUCAGGUGAAAUAGGAAAGAAGUUUCUUCAGUGGAAGGAUGAAAUAUGGAAUACGAUCUUUAAUAUUUCCAUACCUAAUCCAUUUACUUUAAGUGCAGUAUUACUGCAUAGUAAGUCUGUAGGUACUGUCCGAUUACAGACUAAAAAUCCCUAUUAUUACCCAGCUAUAGAUUACAACUCGUUAAGCGAUCGACAUGAUGCAGAUCUAAAAACACUUUACGAAGGAAUACAACUAAUUCUGAAUAUUAGUAAAACACUAGCUUUCCAAAAAAUGGGCACAAAAUUAGAAGUACGACCGUUAUCGGCGUGCGAAGCAACCGAUUUUUUAUCUAGACACUAUUGGUAUUGUUUUAUAAGACAAAUGUCAAUACCCGCGUUUCAUCCAGUCGGAACGUGUAGAACUGGGACGGAUCCUAAAGUAGCAGUGGUGGAUUGGAAUCUCAAUGUUUUUGGAAUGAGGCGGUUGAGAGUUGCUGAUGCCAGCGUGCUCCCUUUCACGUUUUCAGGUCAUCCUAAUGCUAUUUGUACCAUGAUUGGAGAGAAACUUUCUGAUGUUAUUAAAUUCGAGUACAAGAAGGAUUUUGCACCUUAA